GCCCUGUCUCCCCCCUCCUCCCCCUUCCUGUGCCUUCCUCUUCCUCUUCCUCCUCUUCCUCCUCCUCCUCCUCCUCCUCGUUCUCCACCUCCUCCCGCAGAGGCCCCCCCCCUGGGGGGGGGAGGCCCCGGAAAGGGAGCGAUUCCUCCCCCACCUCCCCCCCCACACCCCCAGCACAACACUCACUCACACACACACUCACACACACACUCACACACACACUCACCCACACACACACCUGUGAGGAGGCCUCUCCCGUCCCCUCCCCCGCCCCGCCGCAGUCCUGAGGAGCCGCCGCGGCCGGUGGGGAGGAGAGCGAGGCCUGUGUGGGAGCCGGGGCCUCGGGGACUGGAGAGGGGCCCGGCGGCCCGGCCCUAGCCCUCGCCGCCGCCGCCGCCGCCGCCUCCGCCGCCGCCGCCGCUGCCAUGGCCCAGCAGCAGAUGACCAGCUCGCAGAAAGCCCUGAUGCUGGAGCUCAAAUCCCUGCAGGAGGAGCCGGUGGAGGGCUUCCGGAUCACCCUGGUGGACGAGUCCGACCUCUACAACUGGGAGGUGGCCAUCUUCGGGCCCCCCAACACGCUCUACGAGGGCGGCUACUUCAAGGCUCAUAUUAAAUUUCCUAUUGACUAUCCAUAUUCACCACCUACCUUCAGAUUCCUGACCAAAAUGUGGCACCCUAACAUUUAUGAGAAUGGAGAUGUGUGCAUUUCUAUUCUUCAUCCUCCUGUAGAUGACCCACAGAGUGGAGAACUGCCUUCUGAGAGGUGGAACCCUACUCAAAACGUCAGGACUAUCUUGUUGAGUGUAAUCUCACUGCUUAAUGAGCCCAACACUUUCUCUCCAGCCAACGUGGAUGCUUCAGUUAUGUUCAGGAAAUGGAGGGACAGUAAAGGAAAAGAUAAAGAAUAUGCUGAAAUCAUUAGGAAACAAGUUUUGGCUACUAAGGCUGAAGCAGAAAAGGAUGGAGUGAAGGUCCCCACUACACUGGCUGAAUAUUGCAUCAAAACUAAAGUGCCUUCCAAUGACAACAGUUCAGAUUUACUUUAUGACGACUUGUACGACGAUGACAUUGAUGAUGAAGAUGAGGAGGAAGAAGAUGCCGACUGUUAUGAUGAUGAUGAUUCUGGGAAUGAGGAGUCGUGACCUGCUCCCUCUGUGCCCCCUGUACUGCCUAGCCAUCUCAGGCCAAAGGGAGCAGCGGUAACUCAGCAGUCCAGUGGCAAAAACCAUACACAGGGGGUGGGAAAAGCAAAUGUGUCUACUGCUGUCUCCUGUUGUGUGGAUCUCAGUUUGCUCCUUUUUAUGGACCUCUCACUGGAGAGGAAGUAACCCUCCACAGAAUGUCUGAAUUCUUGCAUUCUUUAUCCUUCCAUCACUGUAUUACGAUUCCUUUUUUAAAACAAAACCGAAACUCCCUUCUCACGUCAUCUCUACAAAGUGUUCACAGAGAAACACGUUUGGUCUGUGUUUAGAUUCUUGAAGAAUUAAAUACAGUCUCUCAUCAAGACGUUUAAUGUAUUUAAAGCUGGGAACCCACCAGAAGUUGGGUCUUUGGGAGUUCACAAGUGCUGCAUAUACUGGGUAGCAAAAGAAAAACCGGAAAACAAAACAAAAAAGAACCCCACAAAACCUUUAAAAAAAAAAAGAAGCAAAUUUGCCAAGGUUCUAGCUGCUCCAUUUAUGACAUUAGUGUGUGCACAUUGCAUUUAACCUUGUGGUGGUGAAUUUUGUUUCUCCUUUUUUUAAGGUGUGAGGCAGAUGGUAUAAGCAACUGUGUGCUGAGCGUGAGGAAAUGUGUUACUGAAAGGCACAGUACUACUUUUCAGCCUCUCUGAAACAAUCUUAAUAUUGAGACCUCAGCCUAUACUGGGGUGGAGAGAAAAAUCAGAUUUUUAAAAAAAUUGAUUGGGAUCUAAUGCCUGAAUAAAUAUUCAUACUUUACAUAGAACUGAGCACUUGGUUGCUAUUUAUUUUUGAAGGCAGGGGUUUUUUGGUGGUGAGAAGGAAGGGUUUAAAAAAUCACUAUGCCAUUUGUGAAGAUGCUGCUGGGGGAAGGGGGAGAAGAACUCCUGGUGAUGGCCACCUGGAGGGGAAAUAGCAACAAGUCCUUCCCCACAGGGAACAAUCUUAUGCUACCUGGUGGGUCUGUGUUUGGGUCUUUUAAAGUAGCGGGUGUUAUUCAGCCAGUAUUAGUCCCAGGAGCAUGUCCAGUGUUCUGGUUUUGGUAUUUUCAUUAAGCUACUACACCCUAUAGUGAUAAAUGUGGAUGUGAGUGAGUAGUGACCUGUUACUGCUUUCUUCAAUGAAUGUAACCUGAACUGAUACAUUUUCUUCUUGUUAAAUCUCCUUUGUCAUAGUAAAAAUCCUGCACUGAUGGUGGCCUGGCUGGAUAGCUCCAGAGGCAGAAUUGAACAGCAUGCUCUGAGGGAGAGGGUGAUGACCCUGGGAGGAAAGACCUUACUUAGCUGCAGGCAGUAGAUGAGCCAUGUGGAGUCUGUGUCUAACUUGAAACACCACCUACAGUUGAGAUCACAUCUCUCUUCUUUAGGGAUGCUUGUGAGAAGGUGGGGGAAUUCCCUUGCUAAACUUCGGGAAAUCGCUGCUUUUAUUUUUUCCAGGGCUAACUUGUGUCAACAGGUGGGGUCCUGGCAGCCUUUGACAACUAGGGAUUUCAGAAUUGGAGAGUUUCCAUCGGGGCGAAGGUUCCUAUUUUCCUUCUGUAGCAGGGCAAGGGGAGAGCAGUGAAGAGAGACCCCUAGCACAAUGAAGGCUUCACGCACCAAGUGAAGGGAAUAAAGGGAGCACUGACCACAGUCCUAUCUUGGGUGCAUGCGCUUCAUUAGUUCUUUUACUUGGCACUAUCCUUCCGGAAUGUUCUUCAGUAAGAAAUCCUAGCUGCAUCCCAGGGAUCCUGUAGUGGCUAGGGAUUAAGAGGUAAUAAUGCACUCUUACUUAACUUCCCUUCCUUUCUGAUCUCAGGGUUUUCAUUAGCUCUUGAAUUUCUUGCUUUUUUGCCUAGCCCUGGGCUAUCAUCUUUGGUCCUAAAACCAGCAAGAUGCUGGUUCUUUCUCCUGGGGGAGCGAGUUGGGGACAAGUUCUUUUAAACAGAAAUUGCAAAUUUGCUGGGCCCUGUGCCAGCACUUGCUGCUAGCCACCUCUCAUUAAACAUCCUUCUAAUGCCUGGGCUUUGAACUCCCCUGUCAUUGACUUAAGGAUGACUUCAGGCCCCUUCAUUUCUCUCAGCCUGUCCCUGUGACAUCUUCCAGUGCCCGGCAGCAGAGUCAAAAGUUGCCUGCUCUUGUUAUUUCUAAUAGAUCCCUAGGGGCUUCGUAUCCCUGCUGCUGUGAGAAAUCUCCAAGCCAGUCUUGGCUCCUUUUUAUUUCAGAGUUGCUGCCGAGCCCUGGCUGACACUGUACCCUUCUUCCUAAGAUCUAGCAGCCUCUGUUGCGUGUUGACUCAGGGAGCCAAAGAUGGAAGGGAGAGAAUGUAGGUGGAGCUUCUGGCUUAGCCUUUUGGUGUGUUACUUAUUGAGUGUGUGUUCAAGAAACAUAUCUGGGGUGUAAUAGCUUUUCAAAAACUGUAGGCAUUCAUAAGACAGUCUGAUUCUGAAUCCACUGUAUACAUCCCAGGGACUUCUCUGGGAAUACAUUGAAUUCAUGUAAUCGGCAUUGGUGGCAGGCUAUGCUAUCUCUGGGGAAAUGGCCAAGCGUGGUUCAUGUUUCCUAUUUCCCUUUUGUGGAGGUUAUGGGGAGGUGAUUCAAGGGCCAGAGGUUCAGGCCAGAUCAUUGUGUGACAGUAACUGUGCCAAUGACUUGGUUUGAAAUGAGGAUGCGGCAUCUUUCAGGAUCUGCUUCCCUUUGUACUAUGAGAGACCUUGCUAUAUGAUCUCCAGUGACUUGUCUAUUCAGGCUUGGUGGUAGAAGAUGCAUUAUCAUGAUUCUUUUGGUGGUCCCUCUGCCCCUCUGCUUUAUUUAAAAAAACAAAAACCAUUUCCAGUUCUCCCCUUCCUCCCCCCCCCCCCGCCCCCCACAUUUUGACUAAUCAUUUCCUCUCUGUUACACCCAAGUGUCAUUUACUUGUUUACUUGCUGGUUUCUGUUGUUUUGGAGACACACAAGCAAAGUAAGACUAUAAAAGUAAGAAAUUGAGGGGAAAAAGUUUACUUUAACUAAAACAUUCUUGCUUUUCUUACCCCACCCCCUUCCCAUCCUGAUGAACAAGGUUUACAUUUAUUAUUAAAACAAGAUUCAGAUGCAACUUUCAACUGUUCUGAAACCAGCAGGAUGCACUAGACUUCUUAGUAAUUUUCAUAGCUAAAAUUCUAGAUGUUUUCCUUUUUCUUCAGUAUUAUAAUUUACCAGAAAGGAUUAACUGAUGCAUUUUGUGUUGUCCUCCCCAUUAGUAGUUUAUUUUUGUCUUUUCUGCACAUCUGUCUACUAAUAAAAUGUGAAAUAAAAUAUAAUACCUGCAUUGUUA